CGCGCGUUCCCGGUUUCUCUCCCCUCCCCAGACCAGAACGCAGCAUGCACACCCCAGACGACGUCCGCUUCUGGAGAUGGUUUCUAUUGUCCUGCCUCUUCCUGCAGAGUUCGUGCCAGGACUUCGGCGCACGGACGCAGUUCAUCUGCACCUCCGUGCCCAAGGACGCGGACAUUUGCGCGGCCACGCUGCGGAACAGCGUGCCGGGCGAGGACCUGAAGGGCACGGUGGCGCAGCUGCGGGAGAGCGUCCUGCAGCAGAAGGAGACCAUCAUGAACCAGAAGGAGACCAUCCGGGAGCUCACCUCCAAGUUGGCGCGCUGCGAGAGCCAGAGCGGGCCGGAGGCGGCGGGGGACGCGCGCCCCGGGGCCCGGCGGAAAGAGGCGGGCGCCAAGAACACCAUGGGGGACGUGUCCCGGGGCCCCGCCGACACUUUGGCGCAACUCUCGCAGACUUUGCAGUCGCUCAAGCAGAGGCUGGAGAAUCUGGAGCAAUUCAGUCGAAGCAACAACUCGGUGCAGGCCAACAGCCUCAAAGACCUGCUCCAGAGCAAAAUCGACGACCUGGAGAAGCAGGUGUUGUCCCGGGUGAACAGCAUCGACGAGGGGAGACCCGGACUCCGGAACGAGACGGAGCAGCGCGGGCGGGUGGAGUCCACGCUCACGUCGCUGCACCAGAGAAUCACAGACCUGGAGAAAGGUCAGCGAGAAAACAGGCCCCUGGAUAAGUUCCAGCUGACGUUCCCUCUGAGAACCAACUACAUGUACGCCAAGGUGAAGAAGAGUUUACCCGAGAUGUACGCCCUCACUGUUUGCAUGUGGCUCAAGUCCAACGCCUCCCCGGGAGUGGGCACGCCGUUCUCCUACGCCGUCCCCGGUCAGGCCAACGAGUUGGUCCUCAUCGAGUGGGGAAACAACCCCAUGGAGAUACUCAUCAACGACAAGGUGGCGAAACUGCCCUUCCUCAUCAACGACGGCAAAUGGCAUCAUAUAUGCGUGACGUGGACCACGCGCGACGGGGUCUGGGAAGCCUUCCAAGAUGGCGUCAAGAGGGGGAGUGGCGAGAACCUGGCGCCGUACCAUCCCAUAAAACCCCAAGGCUUGCUGAUCCUCGGCCAAGAGCAGGACACGUACGGAGGAGGAUUCGACGCCACGCAAGCCUUCGUCGGGGACCUGGCCAACUUUCACAUCUGGGAUCGGAAACUAUCCGUGGGGGAAAUUUACAACCUGGCAACCUGCAGCAGCAAAGCGCAAGUGGGCAACGUUUUCGCCUGGCUGGAAACGAGCCUGGAGAUUUACGGCGGCGCCUCCAAGUGGACCUUCGAAGCUUGCCGCCACCUCAACUGAAACGAGCGAACUGGCGGAUAAGUAGAGUCCGCUGUAUUCGCAAGAGUCAAUGAAAGGAACUCGAGGAUCCACCCGGCAAAUCUUUUAGCGGAUAGAUACUUAUUUUCUGACAGAUUCUAUCUUUGGGAAAGACUGCGGACCCGUGGCUUUUUCACUGAGUUUGUAAAAUGAGAGAUCGAGCGCAGUCGAAGGUCACGUAGUCUUUGAGCGAAGACCGGAGACUUCCUUUUCCUGACUGCCGGGGAUUUUCACUGUGACGACAGGCAAGGUGGACUUCUUCAAGAGAACGUGGCCAUUCGGUUCCUCCCCUUCCUUCCGUUGUCUACCGCCGACUGCUUGACGUGAUGACGCGCGAAGGGCGACGUGUCCGUUGCCAAACGUUCGAGCCUGAGUGCCUUGGACUGUCGGAAAGAAUCUCAGCACAUUUCAUGAGUAUGUGAGUUUAUUUCAUUGUGACUGUGAAGGUAGUUCAGGGCGUUCAAUCGUUCAUCAGUUUGUGCUCAGUUUGUGCCAGAAAAACAGGAGGGUGUGACUGGAGUAUAAAUAUUUGGGGUUUUGGCACCAACCGUUGGACUAGAUCUGACCAAUCUAAAUCUUUGAGCACGAACUGAUGAAGCCUACUCGGAUGAGCGGCGAAACGUCUGCCAAGACAAACCAAGUAGUCCAGUUGCGAAUGAUUAAACGCCCUAAGAUGACAACGACCUGGAUGACUGAGAACCUUCUUAUGUAAGACUUUAAAGGUAGUUCAGGGCGUUCAAUCGUUAGCAACUGGACUGCUUGGUUUGUCUUGGCAGACGUUUCCCCGCUCAUCCGAGUAGGCUUCAUCAGUUCGGGCUCAUAGACUUAGAUUGGUCAGACUCCCAAAAACCAGGAGGUUGUGGCUGGAGUAUAAAUAUUUGGGGCUUUGGCAUCAAUCCUUGGACUAGAUCUGACCAAUCUCAGUCUUUGAAUACAAACUAAUGAAGCCUACUCGGAUGAGCGGCGAAACGUCUUCCAAGACCAACCAAGAAGUCCAGUUGCGAACGAUUGAACGGCCUGAGAUGACAAUGACCUGGAUGAAUGAGAACCUUCUUAGGUAAGACUUUAAAGGUAGUUCAGGGCGUUCAAUCGUUUGCAACUGGACAGUUGGGUUCGUCUUAGAAGACGUGUUGCCGCUCUUUCGAGUAGACUUCAUCAGUUCGUGCUCAUAGACGUAGAUUGGUCAGACUCCAAAAAAACAGGAGAGUGUGACCGGAGUAUAAAUAUUUG